CCUGCAGCUGCAGAGGGCCAUGAAGGGUAGCAGCAUGGGCUGGGAGGCCCCCUCUGGCCCCCCAUUCCUCAAGAUGGGCACACCCACCCCAGUGGGCCUGACGGCCAACGUCCUUACAGCCAGCAACGGGGCCGUGUGCAGAGGGGCCAGGACAGUCCCCGCAGCAGAGGAUUCAGCCGGCAGAGACAGGGCAAAGAGAUGGCCUCACCCCCACUGGCCACCAGGCCCCUCAGCCGCCAUGGAGAUGGGAGCCAGCCGCAAGCAGAAGCCACAGUGUGGGACUCAGGGAGGAGUCCUUCCCCAGGCAGGGCGGGCCUGGCCACCUGCCCCAUCCAAGGGCUGAGGCCUCGGGCUGCCCGACGGCCCCAGAGGGGGGUGGGGGCUGCAUCUUCCCCACGGGGCACUCACCCCCCUGUCCCCAUGCCCGCGCCCCACAGCCGCACCCGCUUCAUCCACCGCCGGGCUCAGCCCACCCGGACCCACAUCUGCUCCAAGAGACCCAAGCGCCCCAGGAUCCGUCGGUGCCGCCCCGGGGCGCAGAGCUGGGCCCAUGAGAGACAGAUGGGGAGCAGUGGAAAGGAGGGUCUCCUGCCUCAGCUGAGCCAGCAGGACCAAGAUGCAGACCUCCCGGACAACACAGAUGCUGCCAAGGCCCCAGCAGCCUCCCCGGAGGGGCUCCCACUGGAGGGGGACAAGCAGACGCCCAGCACCGGGCAGGGCCCCUUCUUCUACAUCGGAGGCACCAAUGGGGCGUCCAUAAUCAGCGCCUACUGCAGGAGCAAAGGCUGGCAGCGCACCCAGGACAGCCGGCGGGAGGACUACAAGCUGAAGUGGUGUGAGACCAAGUGCCGGGACAGCUACUGCAGCUUCCGGGAAGGCCAGCAGCUGCUCUUCCAGCUCCCCAACAACAAGCUGCUCACCACCAAGAUCGGGCUGCUCAGCGCCCUGCGGGAGCACGCUCGCGCACUGAGCAAGGUCAACAAGGUGCCGCCGUGCAGCCAGCCCAAAUGUGGAAAGGACACGGCAGUGACCCUCGAGGAGCUCACAUGGACCCAUCCAGGAUGCCUCGGGCCACAGAGGGCUCUGAAAAUGGAAGACUUUUUCCCAGAGACCUAUCGUCUGGACGUCAGGGACGAGAGACAGGCUUUCUUCACCCUGUUUGACGAAACCCAGGUAUGGAUCUGCAAGCCCACGGCCUCCAACCAGGGCAAGGGCAUCUUUCUGAUCAGGAGCCAGGAGGAGGCCGCCGCCCUGCAGGCCAAGGCCCAGAGCAUGGAGGACGACCCCCUCUACCGCAAGAUGCCCUUCCGGGCACCUCAGGCACGGGUGGUGCAGAGGUACAUCCAGAACCCACUGCUGCUGGACGGGAAGAAGUUCGACGUCCGGUCCUACCUGCUCAUCGCCUGUGCUAUGCCCUACAUGGUUUUCUUUGGCCACGGCUAUGCCCGCCUCACCCUCAGCCUCUACGACCCCCAUUCCAGCGACCUCAGUGGCCACUUGACCAACCAGUUCAUGCAGAAGAAAAGCCCCUUGUAUGUGCUGCUCAAGGAGGAUACGGUGUGGAGCAUGGACCACCUCAACAGCUACAUCAAUGACAAGUUCAGGAAGACCAAGGGCCUCCCCCGAGACUGGGUCUUCACCACCUUCACGAAGCGGAUGCAGCAGAUCAUGACCCACUGCUUCCUGGCAGUCAAGUCAAAGCUGGAGUGUAAGCUGGGGUACUUCGACCUCAUCGGCUGUGACUUCCUGAUUGAUGAGAACUUCAAGGUGUGGCUGCUGGAAAUGAAUUCCAACCCUGCCCUGCACACCAACUGUGAGGUCCUGAAGGAGGUCAUCCCUGGAGUGGUCAUCGAGACCUUGGGUGAGCCCCGGGCAUCCCCAACCCCACAACAUCUGGAACCCACCCCCUGCGGCCCAGUCCUGUGUUGCAUCCGACUCUCUCCCAAGUUCAGGCCCCACAAAUCUAGCUCUCCAGCAGCCCCAAGGCCUGCACCGUGCCCCAACCUCCCCGCUACGGUGAUGUCGCCCACACCUCACCCCGACCUGUGUCCCACCUCUAGCGGCCCCUCUCCCACCCCGCUGCCCCCAGAACCCCAGGCGGGUGCUGGGACGGCCGGCCUAGGCCCUCCUUCCCGCCCGCCAAGGCUCCACUCCUCCCGCCCCUCCACCAGACCUGGCGCUCGAGACCUUCCAGAAGAGCUUGCGCAGCCAGAGGAUGCUGCCCCUGCUGUCGCAGCGCCGCUUCGUGCUCCUGCACAACGGCGAGGCGGACCUGUGGCCGCGCCUGGGGGGCUCGCGCGCCUUCCCGCGCCGGCCGCCGCCGCCCCGGCCCGUCUCCGAGGCGGCGUCCUCCGCGCCCCCCGCGCCGCGCGCCACCGACAGGCCGGGCGCGCGCAGGCCCGCGCCUCCCCGGGGCGCGCCCGGCCGGCCCCUCUCCGCCCCGCGCCGGCCCCGGCCGCCCGGCCUCGGCGCGAGCUCCUCCGGCGCCCAAGGCGAGGAGCCCGCGGCCCCCGACCCCGAGCGGCCGCGCGGGGACGGCGGGGACCCGGCGCGCGAGCCCUCCCCGGAGCCGCCCGAGGAGGAGCGCCAGCAGCGGAGGAGCGCGAGCCACCGCGGGUCCUAGAGCUCGGCACCGGCGCCCGGCGGCCCCGCGCGGCCGCGCCCUCUGGGGACCUAUAAAGGCUACUUUGUGACAAACGCGGCCUCCGCAGCGGGUCUGGCGGCCGCCGCCCCGGCCCCGCGAGCCAGCCCACCAGGGCGACUCACGCAGGUCCUCCCCUCGGCCCCACCAGCCCCCACUUGUGGCCGCCCUUAGGGCGAGGUGGGAGCUGUGGAAAGGCCCUGGCAGUGCUGGCCUGUCCUCCCUCAAGGCGCGGCGCACCGGCUCCUGGUCUCCUACCCAGGGCCCGGUGCCCCUCACCCCCCAGGACCCUCCUGCAGCCCUCAGCCUCCACGACCCCAGCUCCAGCCUGGCACUGGGAUCCACCACUAUGAGGUUUCCCCAGGAAAGGUCUGGACGGCCAUGGACCCUUCAGAACCCCUCUGGAUUGCUCCCUGGGGCUGCCCGCGGGCUUGCCCCCACCCUGCCCAGUGCAGAGUUUAUCUGGACUUUGGACACCGGGCAAGAGCACUCUCCACAGCCCCACAGCCCCCUGUCCCACAGAGGCCCAGGACCUUGGGGUGAGGGGCACAGGGCUGUUGGUAGUUGUCCCAGAAGGAUGUGGGCAGCACUGGCCAGGCCCCAGCAAUCCUGUGGGUCUGGGGUUUGAGGAGAGAAGUCAGGCACUCUGGGCCUCUGAGGUGUCCAGGCCCUCCACACAGUGGCCAAGCCGGCACCUUAUGGUGUAGGAGGCUCCCCUCUCCAUGGGCCCUGCAGGGCCUGCACACACACCUGCAUGUUCUGCCCCCACUCCAAGUGGUCAUGGCCAGGGGACAAGUCCUGAGCUGCCCCACUGCUGACCUUCCCUUGUCCAACAGUGGCCCCAGCUCCACCCCAGUGAGGGUGGUGGCCUUGUCCCUGCUCUGCACUGGAGCCAUGGGAGCACCUGAGGGGACCAGAGAACCUGUCUUGGGGUGCUGGCUCCCCACAGCUUCAGGCAGGGCAGUCCCGUUUUGGGGAUGCAAUGUCAUGGCACCACUAGAGGGCCCUGUCCACCACGGUUUCUGGCCAGCAUACACAGGGACUGGUGCAGUAGGCAGCCAGGGACACAGAAACAGGGGCUCAAAGAGGUAAAGUGAAACACCCCUCCCCAUCAGAGAGCCACUGGUUGUGGAGACCCUGGGUAAGCCUGCAGGCAGCCCACACCACGACUCUCCCAUCCACCUGCCCCAUCUUGGGUGCUCUGUCUAACCCUUUCCCAAGUCCAGUCAUCCUGCUGCUGUGGCCCAGUCUGAGUCCCACCUGCUAGGCAAGCAGCACACAGGUGUUCCUGUGAGAGGGCCCACCUCUAGAGCCCACCAAGGCCAGAGAGGGGCAAAGACCCUUUGAAGCCACAUUUCUGUAGCUCCUGGCUGCUGCACAGUCAUAUCACCUUAGGGUCACCUCUUGCUCCUCCUCUGCUCUUGUCAUCAACACCCCUGGAGCCUCGGUGCCCCAUAGGCUUCUCACCCAUCCAGUGCCCAGCCCAGGCCAGGGAUCUGUCCCGUGGUGGCCUCAGUACUGUUACAGAACGCUGCUGGGAUCCUCCCUUGCCACUGUGGGCCUGUAGCCUCAGGUUCAGGGCCCUCAUGGCAGCAGAGGUGACAGAGCCCUCCGGGAGGUGCUCCCCUGCUGCCUUGGGGACAUGAGCCUGCAUUAGGCCCACUCUGAGAAGUGCUCACAGGCAGCGGCCUACCCUGUUCCUGAUGGAGCCCCUUCCCAGCCCUGUCCAGCCCCCAAAAGCCAUAAUUUUAUCUCUCAGGCCUGAGAGCCCAAAUGUCAAUGAAUAAAGAACA